AAACAAAACAAAACCACCCCAACCCAAAAUGACACCAAAACUCCUUAUUCUCUAUAUACUAGUCCUUCUUUCUCUAAACAUCCUUAACAGUUCAGAAGCUCAACCAGACACUAAUGGCUACACUUGCACAACAAACAGCACAAUCAUCAACUAUCCAUGUCAAACAUAUGUCUUAUACAGAGCUAAACCUCCACACUUUGGAGAUCUUGCUUCCAUUGGUGAUCUUUUUGGUGUUAGUAGACCAAAUAUUGCAAAACCCAGUAAUAUUUCCAACCCAUCUUUCUCAUUAACCCUAAAUCAACCCCUUUUUAUCCCUAUAACUUGUGGGUGUUACCCAGUUAAGAAUCAAACCCUAAAAUCUCUUUCCUUUGCUAAUUUAACUUACACAAUCAACCCAGGUGAUACUUUUUACUUUGUUUCUACUGAUCAUUAUGGGAAUCUUACAACUUACCAAUCAACCAUGAUCGUCAAUCCUACUCUCGAUGUUUACAAUCUUAAAAUUGGGAGUGAUGUUUAUUUUCCCAUCUCUUGUAAGUGCCCUAAUAAAACCCAAUUGCAAAAUAAUGUUAAUUUCUUGGUUACAUAUGUGUUUCAACCUAAUGAUAGUUUGGAUAAAAUCGCUUCUUUAUUUAGGGUUUCUAAACAAUCAAUAGUCGAUCUAAAUGGGGAUAAAUUUGAUGAAUUUGAUACACUUUUUGUUCCUGUUUCAAAAUUAACCAAGCUUAAACAGCCUCCUGGGGUUAAUCAAACUAGUAAUCCUUCUACUAAUCAAACUAUAGUGAUUAACACAAAAAGUAAUCAUAAAUCUGCUGUGGUUGGUUUAAGUAUAGCAUUAGGAAUUUGUGGGUUGAUUCUAUUUUUGUUGUUUGUUAUGUGGGUUAGAAUCAAUUCUAUGCUUAGAAAUUUGAAGGAGCAGAAAGAAUUAGAUGUGAAAAAUGCAGAAAAUGUAGGGAGAGGUGGUGUUGGAAGAGGGUAUUUGAAGGAAUUGGAACAGAAUAUGUUGUUAGCUGAUGUUUCUGAGAAUUUGGAUAAGUAUAAGAUUUAUGAGAUUGAAGAAAUACAGAAGGCCACUAAUGGGUUUAGUGAGAAAUGUGUGAUUCAAGGUGCUGUUUAUAAGGGUUUUAUUGAUGGGAAAUGUUUUGCUAUUAAGAAGAUGAAAUGGAAUGCUUAUGAGGAAUUGAAGAUCUUGCAGAAGGUAAAUCAUGGAAACCUAGUUAGGUUGGAAGGAUUUUCGAUAGACCCUGAGGAUGCUAGUUGCUACCUAGUUUACGAGUACAUUGAAAAUGGAUCGCUUUGUUCGUGGCUACACGAGAACAAGGGAAAAUUGAACUGGAAAGCAAGACUAAGAAUCUCUGUCGAUGUUGCAAAUGGUCUUCAAUACAUUCACGAGCAUACGAGGCCACAAGUGGUGCACAAAGACAUCAAGAGCAGCAACAUUCUCCUCGACACCAAUAUGCGAGCCAAGAUUGCCAAUUUCGGGUUAGCAAGGUCUGGAUGCAACGCCAUUACAAUGCACAUUGUUGGAACCCAAGGGUACAUCGCGCCUGAAUACUUAUCCGAUGGUAUAGUCUCACCGAAAAUGGAUGUUUUUUCAUUUGGGGUUGUUUUGCUUGAAUUGAUUUCUGGAAAGGAAGCCAUAGACGAGGAAGGCAAAGCACUUUGGGGAAGUGCCAAUGAAAUUUGGGAGGGUCCGGAAGAGGAAAAGGUGAGAAAAUUAACGGGGUGGAUGGACACAUAUCUUCAAAAAGAGUCGUACUCAGUCGAAGGGUUGAUGAAUGUGAUGACUGUCGCGAUUGCUUGUGUUAACAAAGAUCCUUCAAAGAGACCGAGUAUGGUUGAUGUUGUGUACGCUCUAUGCAAGAGUGAUGAUCUCUUCUAUGACAUUUCGGGAAACGAAUUUUCAACUUCUCUUGCUGCAAGAUAGAAUAUAUAUAUAUAUACCUAUAGUCGGGAUACAUUAGCUACGAUGAUAUAUAUAUAUAUAUAUAUAUAUAUAUAUAUAUAUAUAUAUAUAUAUAUAUAUAUAUAUAUAUAUAUAUA